AUUGUUGGUCGAAGUUUGAUUCUUUAGUGCGUCUGUGUGGUGGUGGUGGUGGUUGUUGUUGAAAAGAUGUUUCAGUUUCAUCCACAAGGAACUCAAAAACAGAGUUGUACUCUGCUUGCUGUCACCGGUGGCUCUGAGCAGAAGCUGCCACCACCACAGGAUCAGCUCAAUUAUCCAUUCCCUCAGCUGGUUUCUUCAGGGCGUCUUGAGGUUCAAGUCCUGAGCAAUCCUGAUAAGGAGCAGUUUCGGAAAGUUCUGGAUACAUAUCAGCCAAAUUUUGUUUACUUACAAGGGGAGCAGCUAGCCAAUGGUGAAGUUGGUUCGCUGGUUUGGCAGGGUGUGAAAUUGUCUAAUCCUGACGAUAUAACAGAGCUCUUUGGUUCCACAUUGCCAACUGCUGUUUAUUUAGAAAUACCAAAUGGAGAAGAUUUUGCAGAGGCUCUUCAUGUUAAGGGAAUUCCGCAUGUGAUAUUCUGGAAGAAUGCGUUUUCUUAUUUUGCUGCCUGCCAUUUUCGUCAAGCAUUUCUUUCAGUGGUCCAGAGUUCAUCUACACAUACAUGGGAUGCUUUCCAUCUUGCACGUGCCUCUUUUGAGUUUUACUGUGUUCAAAACAACCAUGUACUUCCUACUGACAGCAAUGAUGCUGAUAGUGAGAUGGGGCCACACCUUAUGGGUGACUGUCUCAAAAUUAACAUUGACCCUCCUGAGGUGGCUGAAGAAGAUGACGACGAUGAUGAAAAUUCCUCAGGCGAUCUUCCUGCUAUAAAGAUACAUGAUGAUGAAGUGAACUUGAGAUUUCUCAUUUGUGGUGCACCUUCUGGCGUUGACGAGUCAUUGCUGAGAUCGUUGGAGGAUGGACUCAGUGCUCUCUUAACUAUUGAAAUCCGUGGUUGCAAGCUCCAUGGCAAGUUUAGUGCACCCCCACCACCUCUUCAGGCAGCUGCUUUUUCUCGUGGAGUUGUUACCAUGCGAUGUGAUAUAUCUACCUGUAGUUCAGCACAUAUCUCUCUUCUGGUAUCAGGCAGUGCACAAACGUGUUUCAACGAUCAGCUCUUGGAGAGUCAUAUAAAAAAUGAAAUAAUUGAGAAGAGUGAAAUAGUUCAUGCACAACUCAACGACGGGAACAAACAGAGUUAUUCCGAACCUCGCAGAUCUGCUUCAAUUGCUUGUGGAGCACCUGUAUUUGAAGUUUGCAUGAAGCUUCCUCAAUGGGCCUUGCAGAUUUUGAGACAGCUAGCACCUGAUAUUUCUUAUCGAAGUUUAGUUGCACUUGGCAUUGCUAGUAUUCAGGGGUUGCCUGUAGCAUCUUUUGAGAAAGAUGAUGCUGAGCGCUUACUUUUCUUCUAUCAAGGCUGUGAUAAAGAUAGCUAUGCAAACAAUACGAUUUUCAGCAGUCCUCCUGGUUGGUUGAAACCACCCCCUCCUACUAGAAAGAGGUAUGAACCAACCCAAGGAGCAAGUCUUGCCCUUCAUGAUGGCGCCUUUACAGGGGAUGGUGCUGUUCGAAAAGUAGACGAAGAAGAAAGGGAUGGGAAAAUGGCAAAUGGGAUCAGCACACCCUUAACUCCAGCUAGGCAGAGAUUGAAAGUAUCAGCAAUGAGGCCAAUUCCUCAUGUUCGUCGCCAUAGAAUGACACCUUUUAGUGGACCUUCUCAGACAGAUGGUUUUGAUGGUGCCCCGGUUGAGCCUCAUUUUCCUAUUGUUGUCCCUGCAAAGAGGAGUAGCAUUGGAUCAACUUCUGCAUCACAGAGAAAAUCAUUUUUAGGAGCCGCCCAGUCUAAGCAGGUUAUUUCAUUGAACCCAUUGCCUUUGAAGAAACAUGGUUGUGGCAGAGGCCCAGUACAGACCUGCUCUGAGGAGGAAUUUCUUAAAGAUGUCAUGGAGUUUUUAAUUAUUCGGGGACAUAACCGAUUGAUUCCCCAAGGAGGCCUUGCUGAGUUCCCUGAUGCUAUACUCAAUGGAAAACGCCUUGAUCUUUACAACUUGUAUAAAGAGGUGGUUACCAGGGGAGGAUUUCAUGUUGGCAAUGGCAUCAACUGGAAAGGACAAAUCUUCUCAAAGAUGCGCAAUUACACAACCACCAAUAGAAUGACUGGAGUUGGAAAUACACUUAAAAGACAUUAUGAAACCUACCUUUUAGAAUAUGAAUUAGCACAUGAUGAUGUGGAUGGGGAGUGCUGCUUGUUGUGUCACAGUAGUGCAGCUGGGGAUUGGGUGAAUUGUGGUAUAUGUGGUGAGUGGGCGCACUUUGGAUGUGACAGAAGACAGGGGUUAGGGGCAUUCAAGGAUUAUGCAAAAACAGAUGGGCUAGAAUAUAUAUGUCCUCACUGUAGUGUUACAAAUUUCAAGAAGAAACAAAGUGUUGCUAAUGGGUAUUCUCAAGGGUCAAUGUCGUCGCGACCCCUUUGAUACGGUUUGGCCUCUCCCCUUUCUCGGAAUGGCUGGCAAUUAGUUCCUUUUCUUGGAAUUUGUCUGUAACCAUAAUGUUUUAGAUUAGAUUAGUGAAGUAUAGGCGAAGAAAAUUUGAGAAUUAGAGUCAAUUAGGUUUAAGCAACACAGGUUUUAUUAGGAGUAGGAUCUCCUUAACCCCCUUAUACCUUUGUUGUUGACCAAGGGGGGGACAAAUCACAAACAAAUUAGACCUUCUACCGCUUUGGUGGCCCAUCAAGCCCUCCAUUAUGAGCAGUGACUUCCAAGUUUGCUUUAUUCUCUGUCCUAUUUUGUAUUUAAAGGAAAUUGUAUAGUCAUAUUCACCGAGUAUCAUGAUAUGAAUUUUUUUUUU